GCCGUGAGGGGGUGACGGCUGUAGCACUGGACCCCUAGAGCAGGAUGGUAUGAUGUAACAGGCCAGCAGCCCCAGACCCUCCAGAGUUUGACCCGGGAUGGAGCUGAAAGUGUGGGUCGAUGGAGUUCAGCGUGUGGUCUGUGGGGUCACAGAGGCCACCACCUGCCAGGAAGUGGUCAUCGCUCUUGCUCAAGCAAUUGGUCGCACAGGACGCUAUACACUGAUUGAAAAAUGGAGGGACACUGAGAGACAUCUUGUUCCUCACGAGAGUCCGGUGGCCUCUCUGAACACUUGGGGGCAGUAUGCCGGUGACGUGCAGUUUAUCCUUCACCGCACAGGUCCAUCUGUCAAUGAAUACCCCUCAACCGAAGGUCUGAAUUCUCGAGGCCCAGAGCGUGGCUUACAUCGGCAGAGCCUUCCUUUGAUGGCCAAGCUCCGAGCUCCGGGUGACCGGUCCUUCAGUCGGCACGAACCACGCCGCAAAUCUCUGACCUUAACCGGUGUGCCCCGCAGUUUGAGGGACAUCCUUAGUGGAGGCAGGCUCAGUGACAGCAGUGCCAGACAACGAGAGGUUUUAUUAAAAAGUGCCCACAAUUCACGGUCAUUGUCCCCUCGGUUAUCAGGCCAAAGAGUGGAGGAUCUUACCCAACUGCUGAGACUGCAGAGGGAGACUCUUUCGGUUCUAGACAGCAGGAUGGAGGCAUACGAGACAGAGCUUCGAAUGUUGACUGAGAAAAGAGUUGGACUAGAGGACGAUGAGCUGUAUGGGAAGAUGAUGGAGGAAGUUUCAAGGUUGGAAAAGCAGGUGCGAAGGAACAAGGUAGAGAUUGAGGAAGAAGAAUUCUGGGCAACCGAGCUCGAGAUUGAGCGGGAGAGCGAGAGGCAGCUGCAGGAGCGCCUCCAGGAGUUGAGCAGUCGGCUGCGCGGCUGUGAGGUGGAUCUGGGACAGCGGCUGAUGUCUCUGCAGGGCGUAGAGGCAGGCAUAGAGGCUCAAAAGCAGCAUAAGGAGAUCAGAGAGAGCCAGCAGGCCAGUCAGGGAGAAGUGAAGGCUAGACUUCAGAGAGUGAAAGCAGAACUCAAGGCUCAGGCUCAACACACGGCCCAGCUUGAAAACAGCUCAAGAGCAGUGGAGCGCUCACUGGCUGAGUCAUGCAAGAGACGGCAGGCGAGUCAUUACGAACUGGAACAGCUUACCAAAGAGUUGAGGCAGGUAAACCUACAACAUUUCAUUCAACAAACGGGUACCAAAGUCACGGUUCUGCCCGUGGAGCCCAGUGAUGAGGACUCCAGCAACACAACAGAUAAUAAAGACUUUGCUGCAUUAACUGGCUCAUUGAAACGACCAGGUUUAUCUCAUCCAGUGGUUGGCAGCAUCCGUGGACUCCAUAGUCCGAUCUCCUCAAGUUUGAAUCCUGAGGGCAUCUAUGUUUGAGGACCAUAAAUCACUUCAGUAGAUGCUAAUCAGAUUUUUAAAAUCCUCUCCAUAUAUGUUUUAGACGGAAUUAAUUUUUAUUUGCUGCUACUUCAAGCUAAACUGAUUUGCUCAGCAUUAAGGAGAACUUCAGUGGGAUCAUGAACACCUCUCAAGCUGUUUUUUAAUUCCCUAUCAUAAUACUUGCUCUUGAUCACAAAGAGCUGCAUACCAUUUCAAAUACAAACAAUAAGUAUGCUGAUUUUCAUAUGUAUAGUAUCAUUGUAGUGUCUACUGUUAGAAAGUGGUACCUGUAACCUUGUCACAUACAAAAAAACUAGUAGAUGAAGGAUGAAUCACUCUGGAAGCAUAAAUAUAUUUUUGUAUUCUUAUUUUAGUCUAAAAACAUUUGUAUGAAUGUGCAACUUUCAAUCUGACCUGUGAUAUUUAGUUGUUGUUUUUUUAUACUCUGGUUGGUUUAUCCAUUUGUAUAAGUGUUUUACUAUGUUGAGCCAAAGACAAUCACCUUUUACAGUUGCAAUAUGUUACUGCAUGACUGCAAAAUAUUAUACUCCUUGUAGGGCUGCACGAUUAUGACAAAAAUCAUAAUUGUCGAUUCCCAUAAAAUU